AUGAGGAUUUUCAUAGCCUUUGAGGGAUCUUUUGAACCAUUUGAUGUUUCAGCAGAUGAAACUGUGGAGGCUGUCAAGCUGAUGAUAAAGGAUUAUUUCCACAUUCCUCUCUCUGAAGAUGAACAAGGCAGGCGGUAUCUGGAGCUGAUGUAUGCUGGCGCAGCCCUAAAGGACAGCUGGAGUCUUGCAGAUGUUGGAAUAUCUUUUUGUUCAACUCUCAAAUGCUUUGUUAAGGAAGAAAAUAAGCCAACUCUCUAUGUGUUCAAUGCUGUGACCCAAGAGACAAUGCCAAUGAUGGAGAACAUCUCCCUUCUUAGUAAAAAAGUGUCUGAUCUGAGAACACUGGUAGCUCUGAGAUGUGGCUUUCCCGUGAGUGUCUUCUGUCUCCGGACCCCAAACGGAAUGGAGAUGUAUGACUGCAACACCCUCAGGGACUACCAAACAGACAUCGGCACAACACUUCGUUUGGACGUCUGGGAUGGAUGGAAGGAAUUUCUGAUGGGUUGUCUUCUGGGACAAAAACUUAAAGUCCAACGCUAUUUAUCAAAUGAAGGACCAGUACUCAAGUAUCAGAAAAAGGUAGCCCUGUUCAUCGCCGCCUUCUAUGGGUACAUCGAGCUCACUGAAUGGGCCCUGAAGCAGGGCGUGCGGCCCGAUGAGGCUGUCGGUGUUCACCCCUAUCGAGCAUGGUGCCAUGAAGCCCUUCAUGCAGAUGUCUCUAAAUGCCCCAUUCAUGCAGCUGCAGAAGCGGGCCAACUGUUGAUUCUGAAGGCCUUUGUCAACUGCAGCGUGCUGUGCCUGGAAUGUAAAAACGCAGCGGGGCAAAUCCCCCUGACCAUCGCAUUUAAACACAAGCAUAAAGACUGUGUAUUGUAUUUAUUGAGCAAAAUGUGGUCCAUGGUUUCUUUUCCGAAAAUAUCAGUUCCCAUGAGGAUUUAUAUUAAAAUAAAACAAUGGGUCCUCAAAGCUCAGAGUCACAACCUUAAUAAAGGCCAGCUUUGCAGCGCAAGGGUCCUUGGGGCAAAAGUUGGAGACACUGUGAUGGUGGAUGGUUUCACCACACCACAAAUGACCUCCAAGGGCUGGCAUAAGGCUCAGAACAAGGACUCACAAAGCACUGUGGGUAAGCUACCACCUCUCAAGGAAGAAACUGCAAGCAAGAAACCUAUCAAUCCUUUGGCAAUUUCACAGCAGAUCACAAGACGACAAACCUUGAAAUUACCUCCACCGGUAGAUGCAAAUACAUCCUUUAAAUUACAAAGACAGCAACAACAAAAUCAGAAAAAAAUUACUGCUGCAGCUAAGAAAAAAGAAAAGUUCAUAAAAAAUACAUAUCUCCCCCAAAUCCCCCUCCCUCCAGUUUCAAGAGUGGGCUAUUCACACCCAUCUUUUUACUAUGCAACACCCAGUGCUGACUUUUUACUCAAAUCGUCCUUUGCGUGCUUCUCAGAGCACAGUGGUAAGACUCCAAGGGAGAACGCCAUCUACUGCUUAGCCGUGGCCAGUGCCUUUAAAGAGAAACGAUGGCUUCAGCAGUUAGGAAUAGCAAGAGUUCUAGCCAAAAAGAGCAUUUCUAACCUGACCACACAAGGAGGCCUGACAGCAUGUGAAAAUCCUCCAGAAAUCGUGCUUUGA